GCCAACUGGGACUUGGUGGUGUAGAAACUAGAAAGAUAAACUACAAUAAAGAGAGAAGAAGAAACCCCAUUACUACUUCUCAAUAAAGAAGCACAUCUUCUUCUUCUUUUUUGGUUGGGUAGAUGGUACAGACCUAAAGAAAGAGAAAGAUAGUGAGUAGUAUUGUAGAGAGAGAGAGAGAGACUGGAACUACUACCCGCCUGAUAAUUGUUAGCUGCUCAUUAGUAGAGUCAUGUAGAAGCUUCAAAUGCCACCUGAAAAUUUACCACAUCUCUCAACAACUACUCUCUAAGACAUGGGAACUUUGGCACCUGAAUCUGAGGUCAUACGCUCAGAAAAAUACUUAGCAUUGGGGCUGAAGGUGUCUGGCAAGCAAAAAUCAGGAAAACCCAGAGUUCUAUCGCUUCUUUCAACACUUCUUGAGAGGUCUGUUCAAAAAACCGAAAGCUUAUUAGAAAGUACUCAAAGAAAAGAUGUGAUUACAUUAUUUCAUGGAUCAAGGACCCCGUCGCUCGGCAUCGAACAAUACUUGGAUCGCAUUUUUAAGUAUUCAUGUUGCAGCCCUUCAUGCUUUGUGGUUGCACACAUUUACAUGGAGCGAUUCAUUGAACACACUAGUGCUCAUUUAACUUCCCUCAAUGUUCACCGACUACUAAUCACAAGUGUGAUGGUGGCAGCAAAAUUCAUUGAUGAUGCAUUCUAUAACAAUGCAUACUAUGCAAGAGUAGGUGGUGUAACCACAAAAGAGUUGAAUAAGUUGGAGAUGAAAUUUUUGUUUGGACUGGAUUUCCGACUUCAUGUAAAUGUCAAGACAUUUGGAAGCUAUUGCUCGCUCCUGGAGAAAGAAGGCACUCUAGGUCUCCCAAUCGAGCGUUCAAUCCAGGCAUGUAGAAUCACCGAGAGCUGGUCAAACAAAGACGAUUCCACCUGUGCACAAAUUGCAAGAUGACGAUUUGCAAUGCUGAAGAUUUAUCACAAAGCUUAAAGAUUCUUUUGGACGUGCAAGAAACUAAAAGAUGGGUUUGUACUAUAUUGUUGUAGAAAAUAGUCGUAGUAGUUUGUUAUACUCUAUUGUUUUACCCAUUUUUCCCUUGUGCAGGUGUUCUUUAAGGUACUAGUGUACCACCUAGGAACCCUUGGCUUCCCCCCCCCCCCCCCCUCUGUAUUUGUUACCAGUAUCAUUCUUUUUCAGGUUCUGUAAAAUUUCCCACGGAUGUUGGUUCCUAUAAGGUUCGUGUAGAUUGAGGGACAUGCUUGUUUAUAGAACAAGUUUCUUAGUGCUUUUAGACGUCAUUUUGUACAACCAAGUAAAGUUAGACUGCUGUACCUAGGAGAGUUUUCAACAUGUGAUACCACAAGUGGGGUCUGAUAUGCAAGUAAUUGCCAAAACUAAUAAUCCAUUUUCUACA